AUGGAUAUAAAUAACCCCUGGAAUAGAUAUUCUAUAUUGAAUUAUUUGAAGGAUGAAUUUUUAUUGAUUUAUAAAAAAAUGGAGAAUAUAAUAAGAAUAAUAUGCAAUAAUUAUAUAUGUUAUUUUAUUAAAAAUUUAAAAUAUUUAAAAGACACACACACAUUUUUAUUCUACAUAAUAUUGCUCAAUGUCUCUAUUUUAAUUUUUUUAUGUUUCUUACUAUUUAAAUAUAUGCUUCAAAAUAAAAAAAAUAAUAACCAAAAUAAACAUCCCGAUGUUGCAUAUAGUAGCAACGGAAAUCAAUAUAUAAUGAAAAAAAACUACCCAAGAAAAGAAACAUACAGAAAAAAAAAAAAUGACGAAAUAUCUAAAUUUAAAGAGGAAAAAUUCGAAUCUCUUCAAACAUUAAUAGACACAAAAAAUUAUAAUAUACAAAAUAUAAAUGAUCAAAGUGAGCCAAGUGAAUAUUAUUCUAACAAUAAUAAAAAAAAAGCUACAGAAAAAAAAAAUGCAGAAAAAAAAAAUACAGAAAAAAAAAUAACAGAAAAAAAAACGACAGAAAAAAAAACAUUAAAUAAAAAAAAUAAGAAAGAAAAUUAUUCUCUUGAUGAUUUAUCGUUAACCCAAUCAUUUCCAUUGUCUUAUUUGUCCUCCAUAAAUAUGGACGUAAAAAGGACCCGAAGAAGAAGUAAACGAGGAAAAGAAAAAGAAGAAAAUCAAAAAAAAACCAAAGACAAAAUCGAAAAAGAAAUCAUAAUUUAUUCUGAAGAUCAAAAAAAACAGCCAAAAUCUAAAAGAUCCAUUUCAAAAAAAAAAAGUAUACCCAAAAAUGAUGAAAAUUAUGAAAAUGAUGAAAAUGAUGAACGCCCACGUAGUAGGAGCCGAAAACCACGAAAAAGAUAA